UCCAUCCAAGAUGGCUGCCUUUUGAUCUAACUUUGCUAGUUUCUCCAAGAAAAUCACGCGCAACAAGUGUGCAGAUCAACAAAAAUGCCGUCCACCAAGCUGGAAAACUUCUUUAUAUACAACUCCAACUUUGGACCCAGGGAGGGUGAGGAACAUAAGAAGAUCCUGUUCUACCAUCCUCCCGAUGUCCUCCUCGACAACAAGAUCAAACAGAUGGGCCUGUGUGAGGCUAUAGUCACGUUUACACACACAUUUUCUCCUGAUCACCCCUGUGAGGCAUUACACACCCAAAAGACAAGACAGCUGUUCUACCAGCCAGAGAAGGACUUCUGGAUGAUCAUGACUGUGACCAUCCCCUGCAAUGAGAAAACAGGAAAAGAUGGGCAGACAUACAUAGAGUAUCACGAUGAAGAUAUACAGGAUUCUGUAUUUGAUGCAGUACUUAAGACGUCUUACAAAAUGUUCAGGCUUUUCAUGGGUACCUUUACUAGAAUACUGGAGAGAUUCAAUGUGGAGGUCUUGAAACAGAGAUUAGAGCACUUCUUUCUCAGAUACCUUGGUACUCUGAGACUAGCAACAUGUGACAUUCUGGAUGUAUUCAAUGGAAUCCACUUCCUUCCUUUGGACAAGAACAUGUACCUGAGGAUCCAGUGUUUUAUCAACCUCACAGAGGCAACAUUCAGUCAGGUGAAGUAUACAGCAUUCCUGUACAAUGACCAGCUGGUUUGGUCUGGUUUAGAACAGGAUGACAUGAGAAUCCUGUACAAGUAUCUCACCACCAGCCUCUUUCCCUCAGCACUGGAGUCAGAGCUGGGAGGUAAGGAGUCCCCCAAGGGUGCAGCACCUGCACCCGCAGCUGGAUCUGCUCACUAUGGCAGAUAUAUCACGGGCCCUCCUGACAUGAAGGACCCCACCAACCUGGGGAAGGUGCCCAGGAUCUAUGUCAACACUGAGACUUCUUAUGAGGAGUUGUACCUCAUCGUGUACAGGGCUCUGAGUGCAACAAUAUGCCUGAUGGUAGAUGCUUCUGUUGCCCCUUCCUUUGACCUGUACCAAAAGUUGGAUUCCUUCAUCGGUCCACAACUCAGCAGCCUGGGGUCUGACAUCUCUGAGCAGUAUGCCAAGAAAGCAAGCAGUUCUGAUCCGGUGUUUAAGUACAUCUACUUUAACCACAUGAACCUGGCCACCAAGUCUACUGUCCACACUAAGAAGUCAGCAGUGACCUCCCUCACCAACAUCCCUCCUGACAUCAUGCGUAUCCUGGGAGAUAUCAACGCUGACUUCUGCAGGCAUGGCGCUUCACGUGCUGAGGAGGAUGGUGAGACCAUCAUGAAGACCAUGUCUGACUGCUGGGUAGUGGGGAAGAAGUCAGACCAGAGAGAGUUCUACGUCGUCCUCAACCAGAAAAAUGCCAACCUGAUUGAGAUUAACGAGGAAGUGAAGAAGCUCUGUGCAACAAACUUCAACAACAUCUUCUUCCUGGACUAGAAGCACAACAACUGAUGAUGAUGACGGCUCUC